GCCUCGCUCGGCUCGGGGCUGCGGGCUCCCGGGUCCCCGUGGGGACUGCCCGCGCGUGGGCGGCUGGGCAGCUCCGUGCCGUCGACUCCGGCCACGGCUCGCAGAGCUGCCGCCCUGGUUUCCCAGGAGCCCGAGUGUGUGAGAACUUCGCGCGGGCGCGGUCCUGUGCGGGCUGCGGGACUGGACUAGGACAAUCCCCGUGCUUUUCCUAACGUGCAGGCUUACCCGGCGUCGAAGACGAACCCACUCCCCUUACAUUAGCAAGUGACCCAUCCUUGGCGUUGCUAACGCGAGGGAAUGCAUUGGUUGCCAAGUGAUUUAAAACUGAGAGGGAAGGCUAUUUGUAAUUACCGUCAGCUUUAAAUUGCUCUCAGAAUUGUGCUUUUCUAAGAACAUAAUUAUUUUGAUGCAUUUUUUUAAUUUAAUUAUUUUGAUGCAUUUAUUUUGAUGUGAUUUUGAACAGGGUCUCACGAUGAUGCCUGGAACUUGCUUUGUCGACAAGCUGGCCUCAAACUCAUAGAUUCUCUUGCCUCUCCCUCAUGAAUUCCGGGAUGUAGUGGUUUUGACUUUAGCUUCUGAGAAUCUGAACAGUAAUUCCCAGAGCUACAAUCUAUUUUUAUGUCUUUGUUUAAAUUUUAUUAUUAUUAUUAUUAUUUUAACUUUCACGUGGUGAAAAAAAAUAACCAUUUGGAGAGUUUUAGAUCCAUGUAACUACGAUUUCAGGCAGGAUAUAAAACCAGUCCUACUAUGCGUUGAAACCUCAUGCUGUCUUUUUAUAUCAGACCUCUUCUUUCUGAUUCCUGGAAAUAAACGAGGGUUCCAGAAUGUCGUUGAGGUGUAACAGUUUGAGAUGUUAAUAACUGUUUUCUUUGAUGACUAUAUAUAAAGCGCCUUUGAGAUUCAAGAUACAAUCAUGUUGGUUCUAUCUAUGUGUCUGUCUGUCUGUCUGUCUAUCUAUCUAUCUAACUCCAUUAUUUUUGAGACAAGAUCUUAGGUGACCCCACACUAGUCUCAAACUUACUCCAGUAGUCAAGGGUAAUCUUGAGGUUAUGAUUCUUCUGCCUCCACCUCCCCGGGACUGGGAUUACAGCUAUGUACCACUGUGCCAGGUGUGUGUGCUGCUAGGCAUGGCAUCCAGGGCUUUUUGGAGCUAGGGUGAAGAAUUGUUUAGAUAGAGAAAAGGAAGUUGACUUGCCAAAACUGAGCCAAUGUGAAAUCCAGCUGGACGAGCAAGGUCAAUCUUGGUUUGAGAGAGACGAUCUGAUCACCUGGAAUUAGAGCUGGUCCGGAAACUGUUUUUGUUUCAAAAAUGUUGGAGGAAGAUAUGGAAGUGGCCAUCAAGAUGGUGGUUGUAGGGAAUGGAGCAGUUGGAAAGUCAAGUAUGAUUCAGCGAUACUGCAAAGGCAUUUUUACAAAAGACUACAAGAAAACCAUUGGUGUUGACUUCUUGGAGCGACAGAUUCAAGUUAAUGAUGAAGAUGUCAGGCUGAUGUUAUGGGACACUGCAGGUCAAGAGGAAUUUGAUGCAAUAACGAAAGCUUACUAUCGAGGAGCCCAGGCUUGUGUGCUUGUAUUUUCUACCACAGACAGGGAAUCUUUUGAAGCAAUUUCCAGCUGGAGAGAAAAAGUAGUAGCGGAAGUUGGAGAUAUACCAACUGUGCUGGUACAAAACAAGAUUGAUCUGCUGGAUGAUUCUUGUAUCAAAAAUGAGGAGGCUGAGGCGCUGGCCAAAAGGCUGAAGCUAAGAUUCUACAGGACAUCUGUGAAGGAAGAUCUAAAUGUGAAUGAAGUUUUUAAAUAUUUGGCUGAGAAACACCUACAGAAACUCAAACAGCAAAUAACCGAAGAUCCAGAACAGACGCAUUCAAGUAGUAACAAAAUUGGUGUCUUUAAUACGUCUGUUGGAAGUCACUUGGGUCAGAAUUCAAGUUCCCUUAACGGUGGAGAUGUCAUCAAUCUUAGACCUAACAGACAAAGGACCAAGAAAACCAGAAAUCCGUUCAGCAGUUGUAGUAUUCCCUAAAUUGUCCCAGGGAGGAGCAAAGCUGAAUUGCAUCGCGCAGUCCGUUGAGAAGGGCACCGCGCCACAGCGCGUCCGAGUGUGCUGGCAGGUCUCGCACCUCGCUCUGAAAGCUGACAUUGUAUGUUGCUCUGCUGCGCUUCUCAGAUGUAGACGGAGCCCUCUGCUGGGAAAUUACCGCCCCGUGGACUCAUGAUAGUUUUUUACAUAGACGAAGCUUCUCCUGUUUUUGAAGGGACGCCAUAGGAAAUGUCAAAAACAGGUUUUGCUGAAUUUUAAAUGCUGAAAACAAAGAUGAAAUGAGUAAGUAAUGUUGGCACCAGUUUUCCUCUGAUGGACCAAGGAGAGAGAGCAAGAAUCCUUUUUCUGAAACUAGUCUAGCUUUUCUGGGAUGUUCAGCCUGAAUGCUUAAAGAAAUCCUGGAGGCAAAGCUGGGACUUCUGUGAGCCUGCAGCCGUGUGUGUGUGUUGUCCGUGGUACUUGUGCAAUAACUACAGUGGGGGUUGCGGGGAUGUGCAUGCUGACAGCUGGCUGGAGAGAUGAAGGUCUGUGCCCUAGGAACGGCCGUGUAGAUUCAAAUAGUUCACUCAUACAACCAUUUCUACAUUGUAUAUGUUCUGGUCUCACAGGAGAAUUUUGAGACAUAUUUUAGAAAACAAACUUGGACUCAAAUGUGCCAAAGCACUAGCCCUAAGUUUUACAGUGCUUUACUAUUAGAAUUUAUAUUUAUGGCAUCGUUGAAAGGCAGUUUCCUGUCCGACAGUGUAGGUGAAGGAAUUGUAACCUCUGAGUGCUCAGCCUCUCCCUCCUGGGAGUUCUUGCAGUCUUCUCUGUGGCCCCUGUAGCGUGGCAAGCUUGUGCUGCUCCGUGGUUAGCCACACACCGGGAACACACGAAGCCACACGGAAGUCUGUGCAGUGUGUGCCCACAGAGCCACGGGGAAGACUGUGCAGUGUGUGCCCACAGAGCCACCCGGAAGGCCCUGUGCAGUAUGUGCCCACAGAGCCACGGGGAAGACUGUGCAGUGUGUGCCCACAGAGCCACCCGGAAGGCCCUGUGUAGUGUGUGCCCACUAGCUUAGCUACUGCCUGAGACCAAAGCCUGACCUUCAGAGGUGAAGGGAACUGUUUUCAGAGUGUACAGAAGAUGGUUUCUGGGCCUGAUCCAGGUUACAGAUUUUCUGAAGCCUUGCAAGUUUAAAGCAUCCUUUUGUUUACACACUUCCUGUAGCAUUUUACAAUUAUUGCUUAAAUUUUUCUGCGGCCUUCGGCUUACAUGGCACCUUAGCAAGAGCUGUCAGUAAGAAUCCUCUGUAAAGAAAUGACCCAGAAUGUAAAUGAAGGUCGAAAGCUUAUGAGUCGGACACUAGCCUGCCAGAAAGAGAUAAGUUCAUGAAUUCUAGUAGAAGCUCUCCAUCCUUUAUCAGUAAUUUCAUUUUUAAAGUAUCACUAGCCUCUUUCCACAUUCCUGGUUUUCAUGUAACUUCAAAAUAUAAAAAAAUAAUUUUUCUCGGAAACUGUGCUGUAAAGUAAUUUUUUAACUAAAAUAUAUAAAUAUUUCUUUUGUGCCUUUUUUUUUAAGCUUUCCCUCAUUGUGCCACCUUCAUCCUGCCUAUGUAGAGAGCAUCAAGGUCACGGAGUUGCCAGUUGUUAGCACUCCCGUUGCUGGAAGUGGGAUAAGGGGGGACCUGGUCCCUGACAGGGUGCCUGCCGUGAGCCAUGAGUUUUCUCUCUUCAAAUACAAUCUCUUUAGUUUUUGCACAAAGUAUAUUUGGUGGCAAAUUAUCAUGAUUGUCAUUUUUUAAUCGGCAAAAUUUCAUUCCUUAUAGAACAUUGCAGCUUUCUUCAUAGUCCAUGGUUGCGUGGUACAAAGGUAUGGUACUCUGUAAAGCAGCCUCUGAUGAUGACUGUGCUCUCCUUAAUAUUGGUUACAAGUUUACAUGCUUUGUUUUAUCUAUUUCUUAUGGAAGUCUUUCUUACACAUUUGGAUUUUUACUUUGCAUUUGCUCUAUUUCAUACCUAACUAUAAGGUCUAAAAUCAGCCACAAUAUUAACUUAUCAAAACAUUCACUCCUGAAACCUUCAACGAGCACAUUAUUGUUUUCUUCUGGGACUAACUCUUAAGAACUUCAGUAUGAAAUUCUAGUGACACUCCCAUGUGAUGCUGAUGAGAACCCUGACCAGAACCCUGGGCCAUUGUACAUUUGGACUCUAGUUAACUUUUUUGCAUUGUCACCAGUUUCUAGUGUCAGGCACAUAACUGUGGAAUAAUUGCCAUAUCUUAAGAGUUCCUCAGGUUUCUUCUUCUGGCCUCUGCCUAUGUAAGACAACCCGUAUAAGGCAGUUCAAAUAAAAGCAGGUUGAACUGUUUCUUUUUAUCCACUCAAAGUACACACUCAAAGUAGUUUUCAAAUUAAAGCUAACACUACCACAGAGAGGAUGUGACCCUUUCCCUGCAGGGGGCACCGCUUCACACUUGUGUGGACAGUACUGAGAAGCGCUCAAGAAGCGGUCCCACUGUGCUGCCGCUCAGAAUGGGGGUCUCUUCAGACUGAGGAUAGGGAGUUGGCCACAGGACCUAAAGAUGCACCCUGAAGUGCCGUGCCCCCGUCGUCUGAGGUGUUGCUAGCCCUUGCAGCCAUUCUGGUGGCUGCUUAAGGGUUUCACAAAUGAGACUCACCUGUCAUGCGAAUGAAGUUAUCUGCAUACAGGUAAAUGAACCCACAGUGGGGUUGGAAAUGCCCAGGCACCAAGCGCCCAGAGAGCAGAAUGAUUUAGCCACAAGACCGUUUGUUACUCCUUUUCUGUUGUCUCUUGAAACAAUCUAUAGUAGGAUGUUGAUAAAUGGUAUUUUAAAAAUAAAAUCUUUGGAUCAAAGGAAAAUCUUAAACCCUUCUAUAUUUUUAUUACUAAUAAAUAAUGCUUUUGUAAAUCUGAUUGGGAAACUCCUUGUAUGUAUUCCUACUGGGUGGUACUUAACGCGUUUGGGGUUAAUUUAAAAAUGUACUACUUGAUUAAAAUUUCAACAAAGAUGAAUUCCAAUAACGCCCCAAAAUAAAACAUUUCAAAGCUAGAA